CUCAAACACUUCCAUCCAUCAAAAGUUUUUCGAAGCCCCCUUCGUUUUCUUGCCAAGUGAAUAUGUCCACCUCCCAACAGUUACCCACUCACCAUCAACGGGAACCCAAACCCUUCAAACGCCACCAUUCUGCCAGCUACUAUGUUAAUCGAGUCCGCGGCAGCCUUAUUCGGAUCUCAGAGAUUAUAUGUGGCAUAUUUUUAACCCUUCUAUUCAUUGGUGGUAUUGCUGUAUUCAUAACAUGGCUCAGUUUACGCCCACAUCGUCCUCGGAUUCUUAUCUCGAAUUUUUUUAUUCCAGGUUUGGAUCAACCUGAUGGGUUCGAAAAUGCUGAGAUAAGUUUCAAUGUCACAGCCCGGAACGCAAACCGAGCAGUUGGGUAUUAUUAUGAUUCGGUGGAAGCCUUUGUUUUCUAUAGAGAUCGAGAAAUUGGGUCUACACCCUUAGUGGACUCAUUUUACCAAGAGCCCAAAAACACAACUAUUUUGUCCAAUGUGUUGAAAGGGGCCACCCUGGAUGUGAAUAGUGACCGGUGGAGGGUAUUUAGGAAAGAUCGUGCGCGUGGAGCGGUUGUUUUUCGAUUAGAUGUAACGGCCAUGAUUCGAUUUAAGCUGUCCACGUGGGAUAGUAAGCGCCAUCGAAUGCAUGCCAAUUGUUAUGUUGCUGUUGGCCGAGAUGGGUCCAUCUUGGCCACUUCUAAAAAUAAGAGAUGCCCUGUAUAUUUCACUUGGUUUGUAAAAGUUUCGUAAGUUAUGUAAUUUUCUUUGUAGUUAUCUUUAUCUUUUUAAUGUGAAUUCAUUCGACA